UGGGGUUUUUGUGUCUUAGCAGCGAGGUGACUGGUUUGUUGCAGUUCUGCUGAAAUUUAAAAAUCGUCUUUUUUCUACAUUUUCUCUGUUUAAGCUCCUGGAGGUUUGUUUGGUGAUGGGUGUUACUGCAGUCCUGUCAGUGAACAUGGUAACAGCCAUCAUGUUACUGACUGUCUUCUCUCUUUCAGCUGGUUAAAGUCAAGAUGCUUCAACAAACAGGUGAAGGUGAUGGGUGUUACUGCAGUCCUGUCAGUGAACAUGGUAACAGCCAUCAUGUUACUGACUGUCUUCUCUCUUUCAGAAGCGUCGGAUGAAUGUCGGACUUAUUGGUCAGCGCUCUUCAUCACUACACCAAAGAAGAUGGAAGCACUGAGUGGAACUUGUCUGAAAAUCCCAUGUAGCUUUAGUGUUAAAGAAGAAAAAGAGUUUGACAACACAACAGAAACAUUUGUAAUAUGGUAUAAAGAAGACGAAGAGACCUACGAUCCAAAGAAUGUGGUUUUUAACAGUAGUGGCACAGUGAACAAAUUUCAAAUGAACAUAACUGGAAACUUGAGAAUGAAAAACUGCACCACUCUGAUUUACAACAUGAAGACGACAUAUGAAGGCGUAUACUACUUCAGAAUCGAGAACUGGCCUUUCAUGGCAAAUGCUCGUUGUGAUCCUCUUCAAAUAAAAGUCAAAGAUUCUCCUCCGAGCCCCAAACUAAUCAUCUCAGGAGAUCUGAAGGAGAAGGAGUCUGUCACUAUAACCUGCUCAGCUUCCACUCCCUGUCCACUCUCCCCUCCUAAACUCACCUGGAAUCUCAAACAAGACUCUCUCAACAACAUGGAGGAAAACCCAGAUAAAACCUUCACGACUAAAAUCCAGGAGCAGAUCACUCUGACGGACAAACAUGAUGGAUACAACAUCACCUGUUCUGCCACAUAUCCUGUGAAUGAAGGAAAAGAAGUCAAGACAGCAGAGGAGACAAAGACUCUCAGAGUUUCAUAUUCUCCUAAAAACACCUCAGCGUCCAUCAGUCCAUCAGGUUUGGUGUCAGCAGGUAUUCAUGUGAACCUGACCUGCUCCAGCAGAGCCAAUCCUCCUGUCAGCAGCUUCACCUGGUUCAAGAUCAGCAGAGAUGGACCCAUGAUCGUAUCUGAAGGAGAGUUUUACAGCUUUAAUGCCACAGAGGGAGGAGUUUAUUACUGUGUGGCCAGGAAUGAUCUCAGUAAUCAGACAUCACCACAGAUCCAUCUGAGUGUUGCAGAAAAUCUGAUUUCCGAUCUGUUUGGGGUUGAUGUCCACAUUACAUUGAAGAUCCUGGGAAUCGUGCUGCUCUGCAGUUCAGUCAUCAUCUUUGAGUGCUGGUUAAAGUCAAGAUGCUUCAACAAACAGGUGAAGGUGAUGGGUGUUACUGCAGUCCUGUCAGUGAACAUGGUAACAGCCAUCAUGUUACUGACUGUCUUCUCUCUUUCAGAAGCGUCGGAUGAUUGUCGGACUUAUAGGUCAGCGCUCUUCAUCACUACACCAAAGAAGAUGGAAGCACUGAGUGGAACUUGUCUGAAAAUCCCAUGUAGCUUUAGUGUUAAAGAAGAAAGCAAGUUUGACAACACAACAGAAACAUUUGUAAUAUGGUAUAAAGAAGACAAAGAGACCUACAAUCUAAAGAAUGUGUUUUUUAACAGUAGUGGCACAGUGAACAAAUUUCAAAUGAACAUAACUGGAAACUUGAGAAUGAAAAACUGCUCCACUCUGAUUUACAACAUGAAGACGACAUAUGAAGGCGUAUACUACUUCAGAAUCGAGAACGGGCCCUUCAGGGCAAAUGCUCGUUGUGAUCCUCUUCAAAUAACAGUCAAAGAUUCUCCUCCGAGCCCCAAACUAAUCAUCUCAGGAGAUCUGAAGGAGAAGGAGUCUGUCACUAUAACCUGCUCAGCUUCCACUCCCUGUCCACUCUCCCCUCCUAAACUCACCUGGACUCUCAAACAAGACUCUCUCAACAACAUGGAGGAAAACCCAGAUAAAACCUUCACGACUAAAAUCCAGGAGCAGAUCACUCUGACGGACAAACAUGAUGGAUACAACAUCACCUGUUCUGCCACAUAUCCUGUGAAUGAAGGAAAAGAAGUCAAGACAGCAGAGGAGACACAGACUCUCAGAGUUUCAUAUUCUCCUAAAAACACCUCAGUGUCCAUCAGUCCAUCAGGUUUGGUGUCAGCAGGUAUUCAUGUGAACCUGACCUGCUCCAGCAGAGCCAAUCCUCCUGUCAGCAGCUUCACCUGGUUCAAGAUCAGCAGAGAUGGACCCAUGAUCGUAUCUGAAGGAGAGUUUUACAGCUUUCAUGCCACAGAGGGAGGAGUUUAUUACUGUGUGUCCAUGAAUGAUCUCGGUAAUCAGACAUCACCACAGAUCCAUCUGAGUGUUGCAGAGAAACCUGUUGAUGCUCCUCUUUCUCCUCUUUGGGGUUCAGCUUUUGGGAUCAUUGUCGUAGUCGUCUGCCUCGCUGUCUGUAUUUGGUGGUUAAUGAGGAAACAUCAAACUCCCCAACAGAACCAGAGUCAAGGAGAUGGUGUACUGGCUACUUAUCAACCACCGAAUGAAACAGAGGAAACCAUCCAUUACGGGGAGAUCAACUUUUCAGUGCGAGGACCUGAACAGCUCUCUGUGUCAGUGCAGGACAGUGGACAGCAGCAGGAUACACUGUAUGCACAGGUCAAAGUGUCCAAGCCAGCAAGCAGCCGAACACAGCCUGCUGACGGUCCAGAAGAUAUCUACGCUCAAGUGAGGAAAAAAUGAGUGGAUUAAAUUCAUUUCAUUAAGUUUCAUUAUACAACUUUUUUUUGUUCCUUUU